ACUUUGCCAAACUUAAAUUUUUUGACGUUUCUCAAAUAAUUUCUCUAAGUUGUUUUAUUUUUCAUAAGAUAUAAUAACCACUUAUGUUUUUAUUAAUAAUCGAUAUUUUAAAACAGAAUCAACAAUACAAAUAACUUAAGAGUUAAGUUUACAAGUCGAUUUAUAACUUGCCUACGUGUUUACAAUCAGCAACGAUAAACACGAACGCAGAAGGUUUUUAAUAUUACCAUCAGAAGACUAAAAAGGCUCAGUGAUGAAUAAAAAACCGGUCAGAACCGGUCCGAGGAUUCGGAUAACGAGACCAGCUAAUAGAAAGAAGGAAGAACCACAAAAACAGGACGAUAGGAGCUACAUUUACAGCUGUCAAUAUUGUCGUUUAAAAUUCACACAGAACAGUCAUUUCUGUCGCCACAUGACGUCCAACCACCAGGCUCAGCAGCGUGAAGCAACGUUCGAGUGUAACGAUUGUCAGAUCGUCUUCAACAGAAAGAGUAAUUUGGAUCUCCACUGCCAGACUCAACAUCAACGAAAAAGUAAGUCGAAGUGCGAAUCGUGCGCUAUAACAUUCAAAUCGCGCUAUUGUUUACGUCGACACAUGAAACUGAAGCAGAUUUUAGCAGAGAAUUCGUGUUUAAAGUGUCAAAAGAAGUACACAAGUAAGGAUGAUUUAUUAAAACAUAUAAGCAACAAGCACAUGAAUAAAAAUGCCACAUUCGAGUGUGAUCACUGCUCUCUAAAGUUCAAAGCAAAACAAUCCCUCUUGACUCAUUUAAACCGCAUACAUAAGAGAUUAUGAUUAUUAUAGUAAUUUUUUUUCUAUUUAUAAUUAGAAUUUAAUGUUUUAUUUAUAAUUUAACACACUAGGGUAUUUGAUUUUAUUAUUUUCAUUCAUAAUACUGUUGUUUGUAUUACCUUUGUCCAUAUAUUACAAAUAAGAAAAAAAAACAAUUAUCCAAAGAGUAAGAAUACAUAGAAAUUAUUUAGAAGUAUAACUGUUAUUUAAAAUGUCAAUGAAUUUGUAUCGUGGUUCACUUAAAAGAUCUUUAAUGGUUGGGUUCUUACUUUUUUAUCAAAUUGUGAUUAUUUAGGGAACAAACUCGUAACGUAUCUAGUCCUGGUAACAAUAAGGGUUUAUAUACAACUUUCAUAUUGAAGAACAAACAUAAAAUAGAAAAAUCUUGUUCUUUCUAUCUAGAAGUUGAAAUUUUCUGCUCUACGAUAAUACUUUGUUUCUUACUAUGUAGAGACAAUAAUUUAAAAUAAAUUCUAGACUAAUAUUACAACGAUAAUUUACAGAAGCUCGUCAUGUUACCAAUAAUAAUCAAAAUCUUUAUUAAUAAAUGGGGAGACAUUGUAUAUAUGUAAUGUCUAAAAACAACUAUAUUUAUAUUAAAGUCUCAUCCAAUGACAAGAGGAUGGAAGUUAAAUAAACAACAUUUGACAUAGAAUUGAUGCAAUAUCAUUGGUUUAAUAAUUACAGCUUUAAUAAUCGGUGAUAUUUAGAUUUGGUUUUGUGAAAAAUAGCUCUUUGGACGUAGACAAAACUGUUUUUGGAAGUAAAAUCUGUGUAUAAAUAGGUGUUGUAUUAUAAAUGAAGAUAUAUUAAGCGGGAACUGUUAGUUGUGUGCAAUAUAGCUGGAUUAUUUGCAAAUCGCAUGAAAUACGUAAAUCAAAGUUUUGUAUAUCUUUAUUACUUCUUCAGUUGGAACGGACUAUAUGUUAAACUUAUACUAGAACAUGCAGCGCUUAUCGGAAGAGGUUUUAGUAUACAAUAUCAUGAGAAAACUAGCUGUCUUCACAAUUUCCAUGCAUUAAAUUUAGUCUUUGUGUGUGACAAUCAUAAAUUUAAUGUUUUUUAUAAUUUGAUUUAUUCGUGAUGAGAUGGAUGUCAUGUAUAUGUAACAAAUGCACUUCAAGUACGCCCCAAUCUAUCCUGAGUUAUAAAUCUUCAUAUAAGUCGAUGAUAUGUUACCAGGGCAUCAGAAAUUUACAGAAACUCUUUGGAUAUUGUUUUAUUUUAACUUACAAAGAGCUUUCUUAAACUGUUCUAAGCUCGCAAUAUGUAUCAAAUACCCUAUGAAAUUAAUUUUAAACUAUGUGCUAUGUGAAAUAUUCUCAAAUUAAAAAUAAUUUAUUAAUUAUAUAAGCAAUGUCGAAUUAUAUAGUUUUUCUAUAAAAUUAUUUUUAGGGUAAAAACUUUGAGAUAGAAUUGUCCGUCUUUUAGUAUUUAAUAUUUUAAACUUCUUAACUAAAGGCUGAAAACAAGUCAAGUCAUCUUACAACUAAUAUCACAAAUAAUAAUUAAAAUUGUAUUGUAUCAUGAGGUUUUGUUUCUCAGUGCGAGACUCGCUUCAUAACCAAGAUUUGUGUGAUAUGCAUUCUGUGAGACUUUUUUGCUUAUGACCUCCUGGUACAUGAGACUCUCUAUACCAAGACAUGUGUAAAUUGUCUCUUAUGAGACCUUGCUGUUUAUGAAUAUAAUUUUAAUCUAAUUUAUCUUGAAAUUAACUGUCUUGUCUAGUGGCCUUAUAUGGCUGAAGCGUUCGAGGUUCUGGUUUCAAAGACCAAGUCAGCCCAAUAAAAAUGAAUAAUUUCUUAGUAGUAGUGGUAAUACGAAAUGUUUACACUCCAGUGCUACUGAAAAAUGGUCCUGUACAUUAAUUCUAAGUGUCUCAUUUGACGUCCUAUCGAUUAAUGAGAGAUAAGUCGGACACUUGUGAACUAUAAUAAAAAAUGGCCACUGAAAUUGGGCAGAAGAACAUUUGCAAUGUCCUAAUUAAUUAAAUGAUAUUUAUUAGAACACUAUGUUUAGCUUUAAGUGCACAUAUAUUAUAAGACUUAAAAAAAUAUUAACAUCUCUUUCUUGUGUAUUGGGUGUUAAAAGAUAGCAAUAGCGAGAACUACCCACAUUAUCGUUCGCUCUUUUAAAGAGUUAAACUUAAUUCAACUUAAAGUCUGCUUAAAAACUACGAGAUUUUAUUUAGUAGAGUGGAAUUAAGAAGACGUUUUAAAUCAGCUUAAGUCUUUGGGGUCAUAUUUAUUAAGGGAUAUAGAGGGGGUGGGGUCAAAUAGAAGUCCACUAAUCUUAUUUUCCAGUUGAUUAUACUUAUGGUUGUCUCUGAAUGAAAUGAACUCAACCAAAUUUUGGCGACUUUACGACGAAAUGAGAUUUCGAAUUUACAAAAAUUUAAUAAAUUCCUUAUUGAUUUUUUACAUUAUUGGAAAUUUUAGAAGAUUUUCAAUUUGACGUGUAUGAGUUUGGGAUGGUUUAUGACCCUUAUGACCUUUCGGACUGCGCUGGUUUAAGGAGUCUACGAAACAAAUCAGCCUGUGCACCCCAGCGACAUUUUUUAAGUUUUUAUGUGAAGCAAACUCCAGGCAAAUAUUUAAAAUCGUUUAAUUUUGGAAACAAAUAUACAAUUAUAGAAAUGUUCUCAAUCACAUUUUACAAUUCAUUUGAAAGGGGUUUCUAGGCUUUUCUUAAGGUCCAUUUCCCUCUUCACAAAACUUGACAGAUGUCAAACUACAAUGUGUGGUGGGCGAUUAAAUUUUAAGUUACUCAAAUGUAUUUUGUUUGAACGUAUUUACUAACAUUUUAACUUAAUUAAUACUUAAAGUUUACUUAAGUAAGUUAACGUUGUACUUAUUGUUAGUUAAGCAAUCCAAUUUUUUCUCUAGACAAGCGACUCGCGGUCACUUAAAAGACAUGACGGUUGAUGUAUACCCGUCUCUUUCUGACAACAAUGAUUUCUCAUCACGGUAAGUUUUCACUUUCGUGUCCGAAUAGAACAACAGCGUCUAGAGAUUUAAUGUGUGCCUUAUCUGCUUUGUCGAAGCGAAACUUCUUCGACCGCUCUGAAAUAUCGAUGCUUGCGUCUCGCAACAGAGAUGGAAGAUUUGAAUGUACGCCAGAGCGAAUGAGUACAAUCUGUCAAAGAACUUUCGCUUCUUCAACGAGAUUUUUUUUUUUAUUACUUAAAAUUUAGUUUUAAAUUGUGAAUAUUAGUAUUAUUUUGGUAGUAACCUCGAAUGUAUUCUCAAAGUAAUAAUUGUGUUGAGUGAGCCAGUGUAGUGUGGACAUAUAAAGUGGUGCUACUGUGUAUGUUGAAGACGCAUUGGAUGGAAACAUAGAUAUUCUAAGUAUUCUUGAUAUGAUAUGCAAUAACUCCGUAACCCUCUUAAUAUAAAACAAAAGCCGGCGAAGUGUUCGGAACAUUAUAGUGAAGCAAAAAAAGCGAAUUUUCGCUAGUGUGUGUAUAAAUUAAACUAUUUGUUAAUAUAUCAAUAAAUAGUAAUUAUAAUAACAGUACGUAGUAGUACAGACGUAUUAAUAAAAAAAAUACGUCGUUUCGCACUAAUUUGUAUUCGCUUUUCAUUUUGUAUUCGCUUUUAUGGCUUCACUUUAAUGUUCCGAGUGCUCCGUCUGGCUUUUAUUUUAUAAUCAAAGCCGUAACCACUCGUGUAAUUUUUCGUUCUUUUGUCGUGUGACAUUCUAUCUUGUUAUAUAAAAAGUCUAAUUCUUGGGUUUAUUCUCGUAGAAUCGCUCCAAUGUUCAUAUAUAAUAGUUUUUAAAAUUAAUUGUUAUUGCGUAAACAAUACCUAAUUUCAUUUUUGAAAAAAGGCAAGAAGUAAACAGCCCAAAUCAAUAAUGUUUACGUUCUUCUUCAG